AAGUCUGCAGCUGGGAGCGAUGCUGGCAGCGUCGGAGAAAGAUCACGCAGCGUUUCCCGGAGUAGAAGUCCGUCUGGAUCGCGUUCAAGAAGUCCGAGCAGGUCUCGAUCACGGUCACGGUCGGCGUCUGAUUCAGAGGAUGGCAGAGAAGACGAAGCAGAGGAAGCUAGGUCUGGAGAUGAAGAUGUGGCGGAACCAGAAGAAGAACCAGAAGGGGAAGAUUUGGAUGGAAGCAGUGAGUAUGAUGAAGAGGAGGAGGAAGAAGAUGAUGACAGAUCUAGAAAGAAAAAGAAGAAAGAUAAGUACGGCGGCUUCAUCAUAGACGAGGCUGAAGUAGAUGA